CCAAUCGCGUGCGGCCUGCCGCUGGGGCUGCGCUCUGAUUGGUCGGUCGUACUAGGCGGGACUUUUAGGGACUAACCGUCGCUCGGUUUGAAUUGAAACAGAAGGGAGUUACGGGCGGCGAGCGGACGGUGCAGGAUCUGAUCAUGGAGAACGAGAAGAAGCAGCACCUGAACAUGUCCCGUCUGCCUGUCCCCCCGAGCAGGAAGAGGCUUCUAUGUGAUGAGAACCAGGAGCAGUCAUCCAGGAAGCGUCUGAGGGUGUCUUCAGGGGACCCACCUGUACGAGUUGCGGCGAGCAUCGCCACAUCCAGACCCCGUGUUGCGCCGGCUGUUGCCCUUCCUAAACCACAAGUGAUUGGUCGACAGUCUCUUCAGGUCCUGCAAACGAAGAACAGGAUGACCACCGCAGCAGUUCCUACCAAACCUAAAGUCCCAGCACCAGCAGCCGCUUCAGGAGCCAACAAGAAGCGCGCGGCCUGGGAUCUGAAGGGACAAGUGAACGACAUGAAGGACAAGGUCACAAAUUACAAAGGCAAAGUGCAGUCACUGUCUGGGGAAAACGCACAACUGCUGAGCACCAAGGAGCAGCUCCAGAAACAAGUCACCCUGCUGAGCGGCCGCAACUCUGAUCUCAGCCAGAAGCUGUGCUCAGUGGAAUCCAAUCUGCAGGCCGAGCAGAGUAAGCGGUCAGACUGCGAAAAAGAGGCGCAGCGGCUCAGGGAACUUUGCCAGAGAUUGGAGUCUGAACUGGCUUCAGAAAAAGAAGCGGUGCAGGAGCUGAGGGCGACCAGUCAGAGCUUGACACAGCAGCUGAAGGACAAGGAGGGUCGGGUGAUUUGCUUGGAGGGAGAGAAUUCCAGACUGCACACCCUGGUCCGAGAGCAAAGCAAGGAGAUCAAUGAUCUGAAAUGUCGCAUAGCAGACCAGGACACACAGAUAUACACAUUGGAAACGGAGCGGAGGAGACUACACAACACCGUGCAGGAGCUGAAGGGAAACAUUCGCGUCUUCUGCAGAGUCCGGCCAACCCUGCCGUCUGAGAAGGCUUCAACUGCAGGAAAUAUUGUGUUCCCUCCUGGAGAGGAGAAGGCCAUAGUCUUAUCUAAGACUGAGGAGUCUCACAUCGGUCGGGAUAAGAGUCAAUCCGUGAAAUACGACUUUAAUUUCGACUGCAUUUUUCCACCCAGCGCCAGUCAGGCCACAGUAUUCGAGGAGAUCUCAUUGCUGGUUCAGUCCGCCUUGGAUGGGUACCCAGUGUGUAUUUUUGCGUACGGUCAGACAGGCAGUGGGAAGACAUAUACCAUGGAGGGCCCAGACAACAUCACUAUGGACACCGUGGGGAUGAUCCCCAGAGCGAUCAGCCAGAUCUUCAGCAGCGCAGAAGAGCUGAAGUCUAAAGGCUGGCAGUAUAAGUUCAAGGCUAGUUUCCUAGAGAUCUACAACGAAUCCCUGAGAGAUCUGCUAGUUAACCGACCGGACAAGAAGCUGGAGUACGACAUCCGCAAGGUCAAUUCAUCCAGCAGUGAGGUCUACGUCACCAAUCUGCGCUAUGUGGACGUUUCCAGCGUUGAAGAGGUGCAUGAGCUUCUCCAGACGGCAAAAACGAACCGAUCCGUGGCCAAAACCGCCCUCAACGACCGGUCGUCUCGUAGCCACAGCGUGUUCCAGCUGAAAAUCGAGGGAGAGAACAGCAUCAGAGAUGUACGGACGUCGUCCGUCCUCAGCCUGAUCGACCUUGCAGGGAGUGAGCGUCUCGACCGAUCGCUGUCCACAGGAGACCGACUAAAGGAGACCCAGAGCAUUAACACAUCACUGUCCACACUGGGAAUGGUCAUUACGUCACUAUGCAACAAGGAUGCACAUAUACCGUAUCGGAUAGUAAACUUGACAUACCUGCUGCAGAACAGCCUCGGGGGGAACUCCAAAGUUAAACUCCCUUCGGUUUGCCAGCAAGGUCAACGAAUGUGUAAUCGGUACAGCACGGGCGAACCGGAAGUGAGCAGAAGUCUAAUGAAAAUAACUUUUUAUUGGCUUAUGUGUAUGUAUAUGUAUAUAGUUUUACACUUUUAUAUAAAUAAAACGUAAGGAGCAUAAAGCUUAAUGAAAAAAACAUAUUGAUGACUAUAGUACUGCAUUCGAUGGGGUUGUCCAGUAGUGCAAAAGAUGUCCUACAA